GACGAUUGCAAUAAUCUGUCAAAUCUUGCUUGAUCUAUAUAAGUGUAAUAAAGUAACAUGUAAAAUUCAGGUAUUGAAAAUUGAAUUAAUUAAUUCCUGCAUUUUUCUCAGACCCCCGAGCAGCAGCAGCUAACAAAUUAAUUUAUUGCAAGCUCUCCAAUAACAUAAGAAUUAGUGGAAAUGGCAGACUCUGAUGGUACAAAGCAAAGUCCUCAACAUUCAAAAUCUAGCAGCCAACAAGAUUUAGAUAAAAAGAAACGACUGUUUUUCAAAGAAAUUCGAUGUAUGAUGUAUGGCUUCGGAGAUGAUACCAACCCCUAUACAGAAUCAGCAGAACUCAUAGAAGAACUUGUUAUAGAAUUUAUAACAGAACUUACACAUAAAGCAUUGCAGAUCGGAAGGCCUGGAAGAGUGCAAGUUGAAGACAUUGUUUAUCUCAUUCAAAAAGAUGCAAGAAAAUAUGCCAGAGUUAAAGACUUAUUAACUAUGAAUGAAGAACUUAAAAAAGCAAGAAGGGCUUUUGAUGAAGCGAAGUUUUGAUUUCCAAAUUUGUACUUGAAAAAGAACUAAAUCGGAAAAGAAUUGUGAAUAUAAAUGGUCCUAUUGUGCAAUAAACCGAAUCAUGUCUUACAAAGACUAAUUCGUCUGUACAAAAU